GUUGGCGCUGGCGCGCGCGGUGGAUCCUAACAUUGCACGGUCUACUGGCGUGCCCCGGCCACCAGUUUCCCUCCCUUCCAUCCUGGCGCCCCCAGGCCCUGGCUCCGCGGCCGCUCUGCCCCAGGCGCCCCCGCCCUGCGGACUCAGCGGGCCCAAUCUGCGCAGCGUCUCCUCCAUGUUGACCAAACCUCUGCAGGGGCUUCCCGCGCCCCCCGUGACCUCCAUGCCGCCCCCAGGAGGCAAGAAUCGGGAAGCUUUUGAGGCCGAGUACCGACUCGGCCCCCUCCUGGGCAAGGGGGGCUUCGGCACUGUCUUCGCGGGACACCGUGUCGCAGACCGACUCCAGGUGGCCAUCAAAGUGAUCCCCCGGAAUCGUGUGCUGGGCUGGUUCCCCUCGACAGACUCAGCCGCAUGCCCACUCGAGGUGGCACUGCUAUGGAAGGUGGGUGCAGGUGGUGGGCACCCUGGUGUGAUUCGCCUGCUUGACUGGUUUGAGACACCAGAGGGCGUCAUGCUGGUCCUCGAGCGGCCUUUGCCUGCCCAGGAUCUCUUUGACUACAUCACAGAGCAGGGCCCACUGGGUGAGGGCCGAAGCCGCUGCCUCUUUGCCCAGGUAGUGGCAGCCGUUCGGCACUGCCAUGCCUGUGGAGUUGUCCACCGUGACAUCAAGGACGAAAACAUCCUGAUGGACCUCCGCCGGGGCUGUGUCAAACUCAUUGAUUUUGGGUCCGGUGCCCUGCUUCAUGAUGAACCCUACACUGACUUUGAUGGGACAAGGGUGUACAGCCCCCCAGAGUGGAUCUCUCGACACCAGUACCAUGCACUCCCGGCCACUGUCUGGUCACUGGGUAUCCUCCUCUAUGACAUGGUGUGUGGGGACAUUCCCUUCGAGAGGGACCAGGAGAUUCUGGAGGCUGAGCUCCACUUCCCUGACCACGUCUCCCCAGAUUGCUGUGCCCUAAUUCGCCGGUGCCUGGCUCCCAAGCCUUCUGCCCGGCCCUCACUGGAAGAGAUCCUGCUGGACCCCUGGAUGCAGACACCAGCCGAGGAUGCACCCCUCAGCACCCCCAAAGGAGACCCCACCCCCUUGGCCUGGUCCCUGCUGCCCUAGGCCUACCCAGGCCCUCACUGGCUGAAAUAGCCAUCCCAUGGCCCUGCUACAGAGAUAGUUGGACAUCUGUUGACCUGGUUUUACAGGUCAUUAAAAAUCCAGUAUUACUGGGGGGAUCUAUAGUGUUACUACAGGGGUUGGGGAUCAGCGGUCAGAGGACCUAGCCAAGUCUGCCCAGUCCCCAUCCCAGUCCUGCUAAGGAGCCUUCCUCAGAGAACCUGUGGUCUCUUCUGGAGCAGGGACUUCCUUGUUUCCCAUUUUGCUAAGGAUGUUUAUUUGGUUGAAGUUACUUCCAUUCUAAGCUCCAGGACUUUUAUUCUGAUGAGUUGCAACCCCUACACUGGCACCUCCUACUAUCAUCACACACACUUAGUUCAGAUGCCCUUACUUGGGCAAGGGUGCUUUCUUUCCAAUACCCCAGCAGCUCUUAUUUUGACAAGGGACCCUUUCCCCUAGUCUAAGGUCCCAUAUUCAGUCAAGCUGCCUGCCUACCUCAGCCCAGUGUUGCUUAUUCUGGGGGAGGAAAUGCCCUAUUGUUAUCCCAGGGCUCUUUUUUUUUUUCUUUUUUUUUUUUUUUUGGUGAGGGGAUCCUAACUGUUAUCCCAAGUGCUCUUAUUCUGGUGAAGAAAACCCUACUUCCAUGACGUGGGAAGGAAUGGGAGAUGGGCAACAUCAGAGACUAGGAUGGGGUGGAUGUUUUUCGGGGGGAUUGGAAGGGGGAAAUAAGUUUUGUUGCCUGUUCUUCUGGGGCCCUCUCCAACUUUUGCAGAUUCUUGCUGCUUAGGAGCCAGGAUUGUCCAGUUAAGGAAAUGUAAAUACUUAUGUAUUGGGGGUGGGGAGCUCCAAGUGUGCUCUCCUCUCCCUUUUCCCCCUGCCUGGAUUAUUUAAAAAGCCAUGUGUGGAGGCCCACUAUUUAAUAAACGUAAUAGAAUCAGAAA